AUGCAUCCCUCCGAGCUCCUUGCCGUGGCCCUCCUCGCGGGCUCCGCCUCCGCCCACGGUGUCGUCACCCUCAUCAAGGGUGCCAACGGCGUUGACAUGCCCGGUCUCUCCGUGGCCGACGGCACCCCGCGCGACUGCGCCACCCCGAUCUGCGGCGCCGAGGCCGACACGUCCAUCAUCCGCGACCGCGAGAUCAGCAGCGGCAAGGCGAGCCCGCUCGGCCGCACCCAGGGCGGCGGGCCCGUCGACCCCGCCAAGAUCGUCUCCAUCUUCAUGGGCAACGCCAGCGCCGCCGCGCGCCGCGACAACACCGCCGCCGGCGGCAGCGCCGCGCUCGACGCCCGGUUCGAGGACGGCGACGAGGAGGAGGAGGAAGGCGGUAGCACCGGCAAGGAGACGAAUGUUGCUGCCACCGCGGGCAAGGGCGCUAGCUCGGGCCUGCCUACCUGCGCGGAUGACGGGACGAUCACGAUGGUGUUCCAUCAGGACGGCGCUGGCCCGCUGGAGGCGGCGGUGGACGGCACCUCGGGCGGCACGGACGCGUCGGCGUUCCAGACGGCCAAGGUCACGCAGGACGUCCCCGGCUCCGGCGUCGCCGGCUUGAGUCUGGCGACCACCACCGACUUCCCCCUCAAGGUGCAGAUGCCCGCUGGCAUGACGUGCGACGGGACUGUUGCCGGCGUCAACAACGUCUGCAUCGUGCGGGUGCGCAACAACGCCCUGGCUGGCCCGUUCGGUGGCAGUGCUGCCUUCACGCAGAGCGCUGCUGCCCGCAAGCGCGCGAUUGAGUACCGGAUGAGAAAGAGGGCUCAGGUGUUCACCGCCUGA